AUGAUGGGCCCUGUGUUGAUUGUGCUUGGCGUGUUGUUCGUCGUCGCACUGGUGCUGAUUGCGUUCGUGGUCGGCAUCUAUAACAAGCUGGUCGGGUUGCGGAAUCGCUACAAGAAUUCCUUCGCGCAGAUCGACGUGCAGUUGAAGCGGCGGAACGAUCUCAUCCCUAACCUGGUCGAGACGGCCAAAGGCUACAUGCAGCACGAGCGGGAGACGCUCGAAGCGGUGAUUCAGGCUCGUAAUCAAGCGGUUUCCGCUGGGCAGAAGGCGGCAUCCGACCCUGGCAAUGCCGAUGCGAUGAAUCAACUGAACGGCGCCGAGUCGAUGCUCUCUGGGGCCUUGGGGCGGUUGUUCGCUCUGUCGGAGGCCUACCCCGACUUGAAGGCCAACCAGAACAUGCUGGCCCUACAAGAAGAACUGACUUCGACUGAAAACAAGAUCGCGUUUGCCCGGCAGGCGUUCAAUGACGCCGUGAUGCGAUACAACACGCAACGCGAGACGUUUCCCGCCAUCUUGUUCGCCGGCAUGUUGAACUUCCAGGAAGCGCAGCUGUUCGAAGUGAGCAGCCCCGAAGAACGCGAAGCCCCCAAGGAUCGGGCCCGACGCAAGACGGGCCUGUUGGUGGUUCUGUUCGCACUUGCGGUCGUGUUGAUCAUCCUGUCGAUUUGCACGGUGGUCGGUGUGGCGAUCGUGCUCAGCGACAGUACCUACGACUACGGCAACGACGUGGUGACGCAGACCGUGCGGUCGUUGCAGUACAACUGGUACUUCUUCGUUUACAUCGCGCUGUUUACGGUCGCCGUUAUCUUCCUUGGAAGCUUAUACAAGACUUCGCAGCUUUCCUCGGGUGGUCAGGUGGUGGCCGACAUGCUUGGAGGCCGACUAGUUCAGCCCGGCACGGGCGGGUUGGCCGAGCAGCGGUUGCUGAACGUUGUACAGGAGAUGGCCAUUGCUUCGGGCACGGCCGUCCCGCCGGUGUACAUUCUGGAAAAUGAGAAGGGCAUCAACGCCUUCGCGGCGGGGUUCGAGCCAGACAGUGCGGUAGUGGCCGUGACUCGCGGGGCGCUCGAUUACCUGAACCGUGACGAACUGCAGGGGGUGAUUGGGCACGAGUUCAGCCACAUUCUCAAUGGCGAUAUGCGGCUCAAUAUUCGUCUCAUCGGGCUUAUCCACGGCAUUUUGGUCAUCGCUCUUGUUGGUUACUACCUGUUGCGGUCGCUACGGCACGUUCGCUUAUCAUCGUCCAAUCGGAAAGAGGGCGGCGGAAUGGUGGCCGUGCUGCUGGCCCUGUUGGCCGGUUCCAUCACGCUGAUUGUGGUGGGUUACAUAGGGGUUUUCAUCGGCAACAUCAUUAAGAGUGCGGUCUCCCGGCAACGGGAAUACCUGGCCGACGCAUCUUCGGUGCAGUUCACCCGAAACCCUCAAGGGCUGGCCGACGCGUUAGCGAAGAUCGGUGGGUUGAAGAGGAAAGCCCGCAUCGACGAUCCGCACGCUCAGGAAAUUAGUCACAUGUUCUUCGCCAAUGCGUUGCGAAGCCACAUGUUUGCCACCCAUCCGCCGCUGGCCGACCGCAUCGAUCGGAUCUUGCCCGAGUUCGAGGCGAGCUUCGACGAAGUUCGCCCGGUCGAUCGUCCUCAGGUUGCCACUGACUCGACAGCCGCGAUUUCGGCGGCAGCGCCGGUUUCGGCCGCUGAAGUGGUUGCGGCAUUACAGCCUUCGGCCGAAGUCAUGGAGUCGGCCGCAGUUGAUCCAGCUCGGGUCGUCUCGACGAUUGGUUCGCUGGGUGACGAGCACCUCGAACACGCGGCGGCUGUGCUGGCGAUGAUUCCUGAGAAGUUGAAGGAGGUGGCCGGCGAAUCGUACGGAGCGCGGGCGGUGAUCUAUGCCUUGCUGCUCGACGCGAACGAGCAGGUUCAGAAGUCGCAACUCGCACGAUUACGUGCGUACGCCGAAGAUAUGUCGUACCGGCAAACACUGGUGCUGGCCGAGAUAGUUCGCGCGGUGCCCGAUGUGGCGAGGGUUCCGUUGGCCGAUCUGUGUCUUACGGCGCUGCGGACGCUCUCACCCCACCAGUACGAUGCGUUUCGGGCGAACAUUCAGGCGCUGGUUGAAGCCGAUCAGCAGGUCGAUCAGUCGGAGUAUGUCUUGUGGACGAUGGUGGUCCGCCAUCUCGAUCAGCACUUCGGCCGACGAAAGGCACCCCGGGUUCGUUAUCAUUCGCUCACGGCUGUGGAUGAACCUUUGCAAACUGUAAUGUCCACGUUGGCUCGGAUUGGUUACGACCAAACCCACGAAGUCGAGGCGGCUUAUUGGGCUGGUAUGAAUGAGCUGGGGAGAAAGUCUCCGCUGCUGCCGCGAGAAGCCUGUUCGUUGAAUCGAUUCGAUAAGGCCAUGCAGCAGUUGGCCCGAACUACGCCGGCGAUCAAGAAGCGGAUCAUGCGAGCCGUGAGUGCUUGCAUCUUGGCCGAUGCCCGCACGACCGUGCGUGAAUUCGAUCUGCUGAGGGCCGUUUCGGCCACGCUGGACUGCCCCAUGCCCCCGCUGGUGGUUAGCCCCUCGAAGUCGGCUUGA